AUGCCCCUCUCCAAGCUGCAGGGCGUUAAGCUCCCCGCUUCGGCGGAUUUCCAUGUCCACCUGCGCGAUGGGGAUAUGAUGAAGCUGGUGACGCCUACUAUUCGUCAGGGAGGUGUGAAUACUGUUUUUGUUAUGCCGAAUCUAGUCCCCCCCGUCACAACCGUCGACCGCGCCCUCGAGUACAAGAAGAGUCUGGAAGCGAUUGAGCCCAACGUCAACUACCUGAUGAGCCUGUAUCUGCACGAGACGGUGACGCCCGAGACGAUCAUCGAGGCCAAGCAGCGUGGCAUCACGGGCGUCAAGAGCUACCCGGCGGGCGUGACGACCAACUCCUCCUCCGGCGUGGUCGACUACACCCAGUUCUACCCGGUGUUCGAGGAGAUGGAGCGCCAGGAUAUGGUGCUCAACCUGCACGGCGAGGUGCCCUCCAAGGGGGACGUGACGGUCCUCACCGCCGAAGAGCGGUUCCUCCCAACCCUGCUGCAGCUGCAUGAGCGCUUCCCCAAGCUGCGCAUCAUCCUGGAGCACUGCACCACCGCCGCGGCGGUGGAGGCCGUGAAGAAGUGUGGGCCGACGGUGGCGGGAACAAAAUGUCGGGCUGACUGUUGGCCGACCAAAAAAAUAGUUACGGCCCACCACUUGUCUAUCAUCAUCGACUCCUGGGCUGGAGAUCCGUUCUGCUUCUGCAAGCCCGUCGCCAAGACCCCCGCGGACCGGGACGCGCUGCUAAGAGCGGCUGCAUCCGGCAACUCCAAGUUCUUCUUCGGCUCCGAUAGCGCCCCUCACCCCGCCGUGUCCAAGAGAGGCGGCGACAAGAUCGCGGCCGGUGUCUUCACCCAGCCCUUCACCACCCAGCUUGUGAUCGAUGCGUUCGAGCAGGCCUGCCAGAACGGCGUCCUCAAGGAGGAGGACAUCACGCCCGAGAUCCUCGAGGGCUUCAUGAGCAAGUAUGGCCGCCAGUUCUAUGGUAUCGGCGAGGAGCAGAAGGAGUUCAUUGUCAUCGAGAAGAAGGAUGAGAAGAUUCCGAACAUCCUGCAGUCGGACAGGGUGGAUGUUGUGCCUUUCCGGAGGGAUCAGCAGACGUGGAGCGUCACCUGGUCGUCAUAG